ACUCAGUUUAAUUCAAAGCUUGUUUAAAACACUUUAAUUAUAAUAAUAUAGUUAAUUCUUCUAAAUACAUCAUUUAAAUAUGAAAUUAUUCGUAGUUAUCUUUGCCUUGAUUGCAACAGCCGUUGCCCGUCCACAAUUCUUUAACGGUGGAGCUGCUAAUGCAGCUGCUGGCUCAAGCACAUUGAAUGGUGGUUUUCCAUAUCCAAUAUCCGGAAGUGCAAGCAAUGCCGCUGCAAAUUCUAAUUCAUUUGCUGGUGGGCCAUUCAGUUUCACUGGAUCAUCUGCACAUGCUUCAGCAAGUUCCGGCUCAUCUAAUUUUGUUCAUCCAGGCUAUGGUAUGUUUGGAUCAGCAAGCAAUGCUGCUGCUGGAGCACAGACAGUUGGUUAAAUUCGGAUUUGGAAGUCAUGAGACUUUUUAAUUUUUAUUUAUUUAAAGUUGAAAUUUAAUAAAUCGCG